UCCAGCAGCAUCUUAAUUAUAUCGUCGUUGAUUCCUACCUACACCCCGGCAAUGCAAGCGAUCUUGAGGUGUGCACAGCAUAACCCCGGAAGAUCUAGGGGGUUUCUCGUUCGCAAAUACACUCCGAGUCGCAUCUCCGCGCACCACCAUCAUCCUGCAGCAAACUAGAAAGCCACUCAGCCCUAUCUAUCUUCUCUCGUCUUUUAAAUCCAAUCAACGGACGCCAAUUUCAAAGCAUGUCUUCGAUUCUGAAUUGGCCAAACCUGCUCUGGGCUCUAGUCCUGGCAGGCGCAGUCUGUAUCUUUGCAGCCUUCCUUCUUCUCCACGCACUGAUCCAGUCGCAUAUUACCAAGGUUCCAAAGUGGCGCUCGCGGUAUAGCUCCGUUCACCUCCUGGUGGUCCUGGGAAGUGGCGGACACACGGCGGAAAUGUUCUCGAUGCUCCGGCGCGUGAAACUCGACCCGACCAGAUACACACAUCGGACCUAUGUUGUAAGCUCUGGAGAUAAUUUCAGCGCGAAAAAGGCUGUCGAAUUUGAAAGAACAUAUUUGACACAGAAGGAUGAAAGCUCGGCGACAGCUAAAGGACAGCUCUCGCCAACAGGAUCAUUCUCCAUUGUUACAGUUCCGCGCGCCCGUCGCGUGCACCAAUCCUACCUGACUGCACCCUUCUCUACCCUCGGUUCCUUCUGGUCUUGCCUUCUGGUGCUACGGGGCUUACACCCAGAUCAGAAACAUAUUCCUCCACAGCCGAGCCACUCACGAUAUCCGGACAUCAUCUUGACUAACGGGCCGGCCACCGCAGUCUGCGUCAUCCUGGCCGCCAGGCUACUUCGACUAUGGCACGCCUUGCAUGUUGCGGUUGGUCUCGGGUCUCACUCUGGAUCGGACACCACCUUGUCGAGCGAUUUCAAGCUUCGCACAAUUUUCGUAGAAUCCUGGGCACGGGUUACCACUCUAAGCCUCUCCGGCAAACUCCUGCUGCCUUUUGCGGAUCGGUUCCUCGUUCAAUGGCCAGAGCUGGCGGGCAGGAAGGCAUGGAGAGGCAUGAGGCAGGCCGAAUAUGUCGGUACCCUGGUAGAUUGAGAAGCUUAUGAAAACAAUCUCUGAGCAAGUAUUACCGACCCCCGGUCUUGCAUUCCAUAUCAUAUCUCUUUCUUCAUCCUCGAGUGUAUCUGGUGUUUCAAUGCUGGGGAUGUCUGCGAGACCAGCGCAUAAACUAUCCUUAUAUUAUAGUAG